AUCGGACGGUAUCGUAUCGUACGCGAACAACAGAGUUUGGUUCAGACGUGCACACACGAUCGAUACAGAGUUUGGUACACUACAGUACCUACGGUACGUACCUUAUUUUGCCGUUCGCAUUCCAGUCGUGAUGACGCGAUUGAAACCWUCCCCCCUGCGAUGAAAACCMCCGUGCCACSAAGGGAACGUGCAGUACGUUGUACAAGUAGUUUGUUCGUUUGUGACUCAUCUUCAUCUCUCCCUCGAUGAUGGGUGUGCAAUCCCGAAAUACUUACUACUGUCACGAUCAGAGGACAAUCCCCGUCAUCCCUGACAAUGCUGACUCGCCCUGCGGUACGUCUCUUUUUUGACGACACCCCUUUUCUCGCUUCGGAUCGACACGACGCAUUAUUCCAAAACCGAAACCCGUCGAAAACAUUUGGUAGCCGAUGAACCAACUCCCACCGGCCGUCCCGAGAAAAAAGAUGAAAGCCGAAGAGGAAAAGAAAUCCGMCGAUGCCGCCGAUGCCGUGGUGAAACCUGUGGUCAGCAUCAAGAACCUCAACUUUGCCUACGAUCCGGAAAGCGGCAAGAAGAACAUCGUGGGGCUCGACUGCCGCAUCGAGCCCAACUCCCGGAUCAUUCUGGUCGGCGCCAACGGGGCCGGGAAAUCCACCCUCCUGCGGAUCCURACCGGCCAGAUUUUCAUGGGUCUGGAGAGCGACGAAUUCGACAUCAACGGCCGGAAGACCGCCAACGACCAGUCCAACGGCGUUGCCUACCUGGGGGGGACCUGGAAGCGCCGCCGGACGGGCUUUGAGGGCGUCUGUCCCUACACGAUGGACUGCGCCGCCUCCGAGAUGAUGGCCAAGUGGCAGGAAACCCACCUCGAGCGCCGGGACGAGCUGGUCCGCGUCCUGGGGAUCAACCUGAACUGGCGCAUGCACGAGUGCUCCGACGGCCAGCGGAAAAAGGUCCGGCUCAUGAUCAAGCUGCUGCGGCCCUUCCGGCUGUGCGUCAUCGACGAGUUCGCCGCCGACCUGGACAUCUUCAGCCGCAACCGSUUUUUCAAGUACCUGACCAARGAGUGCUUGGAGCGGGGGGCCUCGGUGGUGUACGCGACCCACAUCUUCGACCAGGCCGACGCCUGGGCGACGCACGUUGCCUUUAUGCAGCUCGACAAGACGCUGAGUCCCAUCCACAAGCUGAGCGAGUACGCGCCGUACCAGGAGAUCCUCGGGCGGGUCGGGAAAAAGCGCGCCUUUUGCCCCAUGUACGUCCUGGUGCUGGAGGAACUGGAGCGCCAGUACCGGUCCCAGACGGACGUCUUUGGCGAGGGCUGCUACGGCGGCGACAACGACGACGGAGACGACGACGACGACAACGUUUGCCUGAUGGACGUCAUCAUGGCGGAGCAGUCCAGGGAGCUGGCGGGGGACCGGUUCGAAAACGAGCGUGCCGGGGACCAGACCGGGUGGGUGUCCGGGCGGCUGACCCGCCAGCUGGCGGCCGCGGAGCAGAAGGUCCGGCGGGAAGAACGCUUCGAGAAGCGGAGGCUGGAGGAAGCCGCUGGGGCCACGGGCACGGGCACCACCACCCCGAGCUGAGUCGAGCCGAGCCGAAACGCAGCCGCCGAGCCGRCCCGCUGCUCCCCCGCGCAGCGCUGUUUCGGACGACGGAGGGGACGCUUCCCCCGGGGCCUCGGCCKAGACCCGGGUUGGCACGGCUGCGGUCCGGCGGGAUCUUUGCGCACGUACCGGAAGUGUUUGGUGUUGCUUCCAUCCAAUCGUUUGCUGUUGGUACGGAACAAAACACCAGGCAUGUUGGUCCUGAUGUCCGGGUGGAUGUCCCCACGUCCGAUGCCGAAAAAUAUACCAUUGCUUGACAGAGUGGUGCAGAGAUGGUUGUUCAUUUGUAYCCUAAACUACUACUAUAAAUUAAAAUAUUUGCA